AUGGCAACUUCAAUGGAUUUCUACAGUAGACAAUCAGAUCAUUUCGGUGGUGAAUUAAUGGACGCGCUUUUACCUUUUAUCAAAAGCCCUUCCUCAUCAGCGUCUGCGUUUGCGUUUCCUUCUUUCUCUUCCUUUACCGGGUCGAAUCUUCAUCAAAUCGGAUCCUCCUCCCAUAACCACUCUUUCUCCAACCUCCUUAGCCCUAAACCGGUUCCGAUGAAGCAAUCCGGUGCUGCUCCUAAACCGACGAAGCUCUACAGAGGAGUGAGACAACGUCACUGGGGAAAAUGGGUCGCUGAGAUCCGUUUACCCAGGAACCGAACCCGGCUCUGGCUUGGAACAUUCGAUACGGCGGAGGAAGCUGCCUUAGCUUACGACAAGGCGGCGUUUAAGCUUCGCGGCGAUUUCGCAAGGCUUAAUUUCCCUAAUCUCCGUCAUAACGGAUCCAACAUCGGCGAGUAUCAACCUCUUCAAUCCUCAGUCGACGCUAAGCUUGAAGCUAUCUGCCAAAACUUAGCACAGACGCAGAAACAGGUGAAAUCAACGAAGAAGAAGACACGCGCCGCGAAACAACCGGAGGUUAAUUCGUGUUCAGAUCUGAAACCAGAGGAGUGUUCAUGCGCCGGAUCAACGGAGAGCUACGGAUCCGGUGGAUCUUCGCCGUUGUCGGAUCUGACGUUCGCCGAUACGGAGGAGGAGCAAACGCCGUGGAACGAGAACUUUGCGUUGGAGAAGUAUCCGUCGUACGAGAUSGAUUGGGAGUCGAUUCUGGCUUCGUAA